UUACAUUUGAUUGAUGAUAAUUGUUGUUAUUAUUUAUUGAUUGAAUUUCGUUUCACAAUUUGGAUUUCGUUUCGAAUUAUUCUUCAGUUGCUGUUAGUUUAUAUCAAAGACAUGUCCGUUCUAAACAUUUGCGGUGUGUUAGAACGUGUAGGAGAUAAAGAAGGUGCAGUAAAAUUCUUUCAACACCGUGGUAUAAUAAAAAAAGUGCGGCGUUUGUGCAGGAAGAAACAUCUUAUGACUGUUACGUUCAGCGGUAACUACGAUCGGUGCAUAUGCAGUAAACGUUCUUGUAGGGAAGAGAAGGGACUAAGGAUCGGUACAUGGUUGGAUGGUACCAUACUAUCAUUAAAGACCAUCGCUCUUUUCAUAUAUGCCUGGUCUCAGGAGUAUUCCUUGUGCAAAUUUUUAGAACGAGAGCUGGCUAUGAGUAGGGAGGCUAUGAGCGAUUGGAGGAAUUAUUUAAGGGAAGUUUGUGCGAACUCAUUGCUCCGAGAUAAAAGGAAGAUCGGAGGAACCGGCAUGACUGUGGAGAUAGACAAGUACGAGUUCAUGUGGAGUUCUAGAUAUAAAAAUGUCGACUCGAAGAUAUUGCUGAUUUCGAUACAAAAUUAUGAAAAAUAUUAUACACUUUUAUUUACAUAUAUGUUUCAUAAAUAAAUUUUAUGAUUUUCACUUUUUUGGGAUUAUGUAUGUAGAAUUUUUUUGAAAAUAUUAAUUUUUUUUGCGUUUUCCGCCUUAAUUUUAAUUGUUUUUAUUCUAAAACACUGUAUUUCGUUAUAAUAAUUAUUAUUAUUAUUUUAUUAUUAUUAUUAUUAUUAUUAUUAUUAUUAUUAUUAUUAUUAUUAUUAUUAUUAUUAUUAUUUUGGUGGUGGUGAUAUAACGAAGAACACCCAAAUAAUGAAAGUUAAAGAUAUUCUGACCUAUAAAUGUUCUUUAAAAUUUGAAUAUCAGAAUCGAUCGUAUUGUUUUUAUUUGUUGUGCAUUACGUAAACAUACGGUGGACAAAAACUUUGUACACUAAUAAAUUAUAUAAGUGAUUCAUUUCACGUGAUUAUGAAAAAAUACGUUUUGUACUAUUAAACUUGACUGGGUGACCUUGUAUAUUCAGACGAGUUAUUUCACAAUAAUUCCAUUCAUGAUUAUUCUUCGAACCAAGAGUAAAAUAAAUAAAUUUUUGCGACACAAUUAAAUCAAUCAAAUGAUGUAAUUUCAGAAUGAAAUGAAACCCUAUGAAUGAAUCAUAUAUUUUACGAGUAGAAACAAUAAUUAGUUCUAAUAUACGAAGAUGUUAGUCGAAAACUUUUGGUUUCAUUCUACGCAGAAUUUAUUACUAUUUAACUCUUAUAAUAACCACUUUAUUGAUAAAUGGGUUGGUUUAGAUGAUAUUACAGAAAACCUGAACUUAAAACGACAAUUUCACAAAAAUAUGGAAAACUGAUCUAAAACUUUUAUAAUAACCAUAUUUUUGAUAUUGUGCGUUAUUUAAAAGAUAUUACCAUAAAACCGCAAAAAUACUUCUUUUGGGGGUACAUUUUCCCUCACCACUUUGGCACAGUUCCAGCGAGUGAGAAGCUGGGUAGUCAUGUUGGGAUAAAAAUUAAGCCAUUAAAAUAAUAAAACCUUUUAUAGCAAUUAUUUCCGAUUUGAAGUAUAAUUCUACUGGACUAUAUACAAAAAAAGAUCUUAUUGAAUGAAAUUGUAAGACAUAUUUAAUCUAUGAGAUCAAUUUUUUGAUAAAUAAAUGUCUUUAGAGGAAGAACCAAUAAGCUACGAGAAUACUUUCUAUUCUUGUUAUUCAAUAAGGUGUUUUUGAAUAUCACAAGCAGGUGAUAGGUACUUUGUAACAACAACUGUAGUAAUUGAUUCUGCAAUCUAAUUUUUUGUUCGAUGAAGAAAUGUCUGAUGAUGAUUCGAAAGAAGAAUCAAUGAACGUGACUCUUUUCUCAUUGAAUAAAUUGUAGAUAAGUGCUAAAGCAAUUACAAAGAAUAUGUAAUUAAGUCAUAUUAAUCGAUAUUAUCUAAUUAAUAUCAUUGUAAAAUCAAAAUUUCUAUUCUGAUAUUUAUAAAUUAUCCCAAAACCCUAUUAAAUUAUUAAUUAAUCUACGUUUUUUAUCAAGUGAUAAUUAAAUAUUAAUCAGGAAUUGUCUGAUUCAUACCAAUAAAGUUAUAUAAAUCUUCGAUGACCCUGAGUAUAAAAAAAACAACGCUAGGUAUUACUAACUUGGCUACUGUUAAUGAUUAUCCCAACUUUAUAUACCGUAUAAACAACCAGCGGUAGGAUAAA